UCACCGUCCGCGUGCGGAAGAAUAGACGAAUACUGAAAUUGUCCCCAGCUUUGCAGGAGAUAUCACGCUUUGUCGGGCGUCUCGCAGAAUACCUGGGCGAAGAGCAAGGAAAAGGAGAAGAGAAAAAAGAAAUGCUUCGAAUACGUUCGCAAAGUAGCGUGUGCGAGCAGGAAGCUAAGUUCGUGCAGGAUCGCAUCACGGCCGUGGAGAAACACUUCGCCGAGCUGUGCACGAUAUUCGCGGCGUUCGUCAGGAAAACGGCCAGGUUACGCGAUAAAGGUGAUGAGCUGGCCAAAAUCAUACAUACAUACGCCGACUUGGAGACUGUGAAUCGAUCCUUGAGCACCGGACUCGCCAGUUUCUCCGCGACGUUAUCGGUCAUCGGUGAUUACAGAGAUGCGGAAGUGCAAAGGUUGGACGCUAAAGUGGUCGCUCCUCUUUCGCAAUACGCGACAAUUUGCAAACAUGCCCGCGACGAGGUGAAGAGCACCUUCUCGGCGCGUGACAGGGAACUCGCGAGACGGAGACAUCUGGAUAAAGUCCGGGAGAGGAACCCCAGGAAUCGUCAGAUGAUAUCGCAAGCCGAAUCGGAGCUGAUGAAGGCAUCCGUCGAGGUGUCUCGAGUAGUGAAGGGACUGGAGGAACAGAUCGACUCGUUCGAGCAACGAAAGCUGCAUGAUCUGAAAUCUAUAUUGCUGGACUUCGUCACCGUGGAGUUGAGCUUUCACACUAAGGCGCUCGAACUCUUGACCAAAGCGUACCAAGACGUCAUGGCCAUCGACGAGGUCAAAGACCUCGAGGACUUUCGAAACACGAGAGGAAACAUGAACGGGGAAUUCAGGGAGACGAUGCGCGUUUCCGACUCCGUCGCGAGAUUGAACACAGUGGGUAGAACCUCGUUCCGACAAGCCUAUUCGUUAACGAACCUGGCUAGUCGAUUCGCAUCUUCUCCUAUGACUUCGCAAAAAUUGGUUAAUCAAGGAGCCGAGUCCGCUGAUUCCAUACGAACGGGAUUCACAAAUUCAUCCGAGUCCGUCCAAGUGGAAGAAUACGCCGAUAGUACAGAGGAAACGGAAUCAGAGUCAAUUCGAGACAAGCCUGUGAGAACUAGGCAUAAAUCUAUGUAACCUUAAUCACUCCUUUAACUUCUUGCCUUCCUGUCCUUCUAGAGAACAGUAUCAGGACGUCUGGGCCAUAAAGUAAAGAAGCGUUUCAUAAUCAAACCUGUUCCAGCGAUUCCCACAUAUAAGAAGUCCUUAAUAUCGUCAAUUAUUUAUGGCGU